AUGGACGCCGAGGAGGAGCAGUACUACGCCGCCGGGCAGCUCUACAAAGAGCCCUGUGCCUUCCAGCGAUCCCAGCCCCAGGAUUACAACCCAAGCCCCCCAGCCUGCCUCUACAUGGGUCGGCAACAGGGCCCCCCGCCGCCGCCUUACCCCAAUCUCUUGGGGGCCUUGGACCCGGGCAGCCCGCCGGACAUUUCCCCUUACGAGGUGCCCCCCAUGGCCGAGGAUCCCGGUCUGUCCCACCUCCAGCCUCACCCUCAGUCCCAUCAUCCCCACCACCACCAUCAUCCCCAUCAUCCCCAUCAGCACCAAGAAGCACUGCCCAGCUUCGGAGAGGGCCAAGACACAGCGGUCUUGGAGGAGCCCCGGCUGCCCUUGCCUUUCCCCUGGAUGAAGUCCACCAAGGCCCACGCCUGGAAGGGGCCCUGGGCUGGCACAGGCGGAUCCUACGCGGCGGAGCCCGAGGAGAACAAGCGGACGCGGACGGCCUACACUCGGGCGCAGCUGCUGGAGCUGGAGAAGGAGUUCCUCUUCAACAAGUACAUCUCUCGGCCUCGGCGGGUGGAGCUGGCCGUCCUGCUGAACCUGACGGAGCGCCACAUCAAGAUCUGGUUCCAGAACCGGAGGAUGAAGUGGAAAAAGGAGGAGGAUAAGAAGCGAGGAGCCGGGCCGGGGGGCGCUGCAGGGGACGGGAGGAGCAUCCAGGCCCCCGAACAGGACUGCGCCGUCUCCUCCGGAGAGCCCCUGCCUUCGGGCCCAGAGGAGGCAGAGGAGGACAAGGAGGACAAGGGGAACCAGGUUGUGGGGAAGGGGGUCCCUAGGGGCCUGAUCCCACCCCCCACCGGGAUCUCCCCGCGAGGGCAGCCGCAGGAGGCGCGAUGAGAACGGGAUCCGGAGGAGGAGAGACAUGCGACUUCCAUAGGGACCCCUAUCUCUCCAAAUCACCUCCAUCCUCGACCCCGAUAUUGAGACCCUUGACACAAUCAUGGACUCCGGAGUGACUCUGGUGCCACUCCGGAGCAUCCCUGGCAGGGAGAGGGGCAGAAAGUGGAAGAGAAAUGGGGUUGAUGGCUGCUGGAGGCAUGAAAAGCGGGGCUUCUGGGC